CUUUGCAUGAGCAUUCAAGACAAUGCCAUUCAUUUCCCAGAGGUAAUCACACAGCUUCAUACAUCUGAUCCCACUCUUGCAGUAGAAGUUCAGCACCACUGGGAUCAUCUCCACUCUGUGAAUGCUUUUCACUUGUCCUGCUGUGACAAUCAUAUUGACUCUAGCCUGCAAAUGGUAAUUUUUACUAUACUUCUCUUGUUGUUACUUUCCUUAGGUUAUGUUCGCAUUUUUACUGCUUACAUAAUUGUCUUCCCUUUACCUAGGACUCUACAGUCACUACUCAGUUUUCCCUUGUCUCCAGUUCUUGGUUGCUCCCUAUUCACUUGGGUUAUUUAG